UGACACACCACUCUGGACACACCGUCGCUUACCAAAGCAACAUCCGGUUUGAAGUUUGACAUAUCUGCUUAAAUUAAAGUUUCUGGGGUUCUCUGUCGUAGAUGCCACCGCAUGCCCAGUGAAGCAACCCCUUUUAAAUCCUAUCCGUCAAUAGUAUAACAUUAAGGAACAACAUGGUUUCGACGGUGCUGAACACCGAAGUGGAGCAGAGAGACUCUGCUCAUUCCGUGGUGGUCGCCGUAGCGUUUCAUGCUGUGUUCGAGGCAGAAGCCCCAGGAGGAGACGGCCCGAACACAUCACCUUACGCCAUGGGAGCUGCGUUCCCUUUUAUCCAGGCUAUUCAACGAGUAAAUGAAAGGCUCCUGGAGAAAAAUCCGUCCGAGACACUGCUGUUUGACAUCAUUAUGAUAUCAUCAGAAGACACAGAGGAGCAUCAAACAUGCAGCCUGCUCAGUUUAAAACAUUACGCGCUGGAAAUCAGCAGACUAUGUUUCUGCGCUGCACAGGAUCUGGUAGAAGGUCUGCGAUCCAACAAUGUCAAGCUUUUCCUCUCGACGGAUUCCAGUGACGUUUGGAAGGCCUCACAAGGAGGCAUCGCAGGGGCUCAGGUCGUCCAGCAGACGGCGCUACACUCCACCGAGCAGCUCCGAGUUGGUUUCUAUGGCAAUGCAGAUGGCUUUCCGGAUGACUGCACAGCCAGCCCCUCGGACGUCCCAGAUUCUCAGGAGCCCCUCAGGGAGUUCAGUACUCUGGUGGGCAGGAUGAGGCAGAGGUUCGGGGUGGAAGACAGCCCUCUGACCACCAGCCUGGUCACCGGGCGCGGCACGAGGAACACGUGUCUUCAGGCCCUGAAGACGCUGCGCUCCUGGGGCCUGGCUGUGGAUGAGGCCUACUGCUUGGCGGGGGCCCCGAAGGACCCCAUCCUCUCCCUGGUCAAACCUCACAUCCUCGUCACGGUCGGUCCACAUUCUACCCAUGCUCCCUGACCACAGAAUCCACACGCUGGCAUUCUAUCUGCUACAUGACUGGUAGCCAAAAUAAUGUUACAUUUUGCUGUAAAAUGUCACAUAGAUGGCAACUUUAUAAAAAUAGAUAAUGAUUAACUCCAAGGUCAAAUUACAAGCUGGAUUACUUCAACUGCACUUGCCAUACGAUCCACUUAAAAUGUGUCUUAUCAAGAUAUCCCAUUUUCAGCCAAUUCUAUAAAGAUCACAAUUUAGAGAAACCAAAGUAGUGACCCUCAUGCUCAAAUGUGGUGGAUGUUGUGUGAGGAUGAUUCCAAUAAUAAUUUUGGAGUUGAUUUUGUGCAUUUCACAAACCAGCCUGAGUAUUGCUCUUAAGCAGUUCUUUGUUUUUGAUAAUAAAUAAAUAAACAUAAUGCAGGGUUGCUCUAGGCCAAGAAGUGUUAAGUAAUAUUUAUGCACUAUAAAUGUAUAGAUCGCAGUUUAAAAGGCUACUGGUGUUGGGAACCUCUUCGUGCUUCUCUUGUGUGAUGGCUAAAUCUAUUAGCCAGUCGUAUUUAUUUUUGAUCCAAAGUGUAUCCAUCUGUCUGGUCUACUUCCUGAAAGAGAUAGUACAGUUUUUCUUAUAAAAGGAGAUGUUUUUGUGUGUCUUUAAUCCUUUAAGGGAAAUUUAGUCCCCUUCAAUUUCAGGUAAGACUAUAUUGUGAUAAUUAGUUGUAUUAAAAAUAUAAAGCGGAAGGGCUUGGAACACCUCUGGGCAUGAGGGCGCUGUGCCGUGUAGCUGUACGCUUCACUUCAUUCACCAGAGCUGGAAGACUGGCACAAGACUUGGGUGAAAACAUUGGCACAAGAGUCCUUUAUAUACAGCCUAUUUGUUAGUUUUGUUAGUUCUGGCUUCAUAAAAAAUUUGCAUGUAUUGCUUUUUUAUACCUUCAAUUUACUCAUGUCCCACUCAAAGACAAUAAACAACCUAUAAAGAAUAA